GUUUAUUAAUAAAGUAACCUUCUAUAUAACGUAAUUCACAAGCGAACGGAUCACACAAGCGAACGGAUCACCAAAACACCAAAACGCGUCAACUUAACAGAAUUCAACUUAUGGCAACACCAACUCAAGCUAAAACCUCUAAUCAAGAGGGGAGAAUACUUCUAGCUAUUCAAUCAAUUAAAGAAGGACAUAUUCAAAGUAUUCGAGCAAGCGCAAUGUCGUACGAUGUCCCAUAUACAACUCUCUAUAGACGGUUGAAUAGAGUAGCUUCCCGACGCGAUUCUACUCCUAACUCUCGAAAAUUAACUCUGUACGAAGAGUCAGCUCUCGUUCGGUAUAUCCUCGACCUAGAUUCACGUGGAUUUCCGCCCCGGCCGCAAGGUGUGCAAGAAAUGGCAGACCUUCUACUCUCCGAACGAGGCGAAAGCCCUGUUGGGAUAAACUGGACUACCAACUUCAUUAAGCGUCGUACGGAAAUCAAAGCAAAGUUCAGUCAGAAGUACGAUUACAAACGAGCAAAAUGCGAAGAUCCUAAGAUAAUUGAAGGGUGGUUCUCCCUCGUACGAAACACAGUUGCAAAAUAUGGAAUCUUAGAGCAGGAUAUCUACAACUUUGAUGAAGCAGGUUUCGUAAUGGGAGUUAUUGCUACUGCAAAGGUAGUCACAAGCUCGGAAGCAAAGAGCCGUCUAAAGACUAUACAGCCAGGGAAUAGAGAGUGGGUAUCAAUUAUUCAAGGUGUCAAUUCGUAUGGAUGGGCACUCCCGCCAUUCAUCAUUUUCAAGGCGCAGAAUCACCUCUCUGCUUGGUACGAGGACUUAGGAUUACCACACGACUGGGUAAUUACACUAAGUGAGAAUGGGUGGACUUCAAAUUCAAUUGGGUACGAGUGGAUUCAACACUUCAAUCGGCAUACAAAUGCUCGUACGGUUGGAACCUAUCGCCUUCUUAUUCUCGAUGGGCAUGAGAGCCACCUCUCUGCUCAAUUUCAACACUACUGCAUAGAACGGAAGAUAAUCACCCUCUGUAUGCCACCACACUCCUCACACAUUCUUCAGCCUCUUGAUGUAAGCUGCUUUGCGCCACUAAAGCUUUCGUACGGAAAGCAGAUUGAAACCUUCGUACGGAACCGGCUAAACCACAUUACAAAGCUUGAGUUCCUCUCUGCAUUUAAAGAAGCAUUUAAAGCUACAUUUACAGAGCAGAACAUUAAGAGCGGAUUCCGAGCUACAGGACUAGUUCCAUACGAGCCACAGAAUGUCCUCUCUCACUUAAAUCUACACUUAAGGACUCCAACUCCUCCUAUAGUUGAGAGCGGCAAUUGGACUUCAAAGACUCCUCAAACUAUACGGGAGCUUAACUUUCAAACAGAGCACAUUAAGAACCGCAUUGUACGACAUCAGAACAGCUCUCCUACCUCAAUUAAUGAUGCUGUUAGCUGCCUUGUUAAAGGGGCAGAAAUGAUGAUGCAUUCUGCUAUUCUACUUAAGGCAGAAGUUAAGGCUCUACAGGCAGCAAAUGAACAGAAAAAGAGGAGGGAAAGGAAGCGUAAGAGGCGUAUAAUGCAAGGGGGAAGCCUCUCCGUACGAGAGGGAGAGGAUAUACUUCAGAGUGCUGAGGUUGAUGCUCAAGUCCGUACGGAGGUGGCAAGUGAGACUACUCGGCAGGGGGGUUCUAUAGGCCGACAGCGACGAUGUGGCACAUGUGGUAAUAUAGGGCAUAAUGCUCGUACGUGCGAGAGGCGCUAGGAAUCAAUUGCGAUCGAAUACGGGUUAUUAUGUAGGGUGGUAGUGUAGUAGUAGGC